GGCAAAAAAAAGAAUAAUUUCUUUAUUUGAAAAAAGAAAAAGGUAGCAGCUGUGCAGGAAGUGCGAACAAGUUCUCCCUUGCGACUUUCACUCUCUCUGUUUCCAUUCUCCCCCAAACCCUAUUCUCUUUGAUCUUCAUUUAUUCUUCACGUCAAAACCUUCUUCUCAUCAUAUUUUCUUCUAUAUUCUCUUUAAUAGAUCAAAUCUACGAUGCUGGGCGUUUUAAGGCGCAAGGCUUCUGCUUCGUGCUUAGGGAAAAAUCUGCAAGUGAUUCGACCUACAGUGUCUACGUCUAGAAUUCCCUCUGCCACAACAGAAAAGCUAUUACUUCUUCCUAGACAAUGUGGUCAUACUCGGAAUUUCAGUCACCUUGUUUUACCUGGAUGCUCAACGAAUUUGAGGCCAGAAAGGGGAGCCGUGGCCAAUCUUCACUCAAGUCUAACACUACAGAUUCACAGCAGGCCCUUCUGUUCAAAUAGUGGUGAUCUGGUUGAUGCUGUUGUUCCUUUUAUGGGUGAAUCCAUAAGUGAUGGCACACUGGCUAAGUUCCUGAAGAAUCCUGGUGACAGAGUAGAAGUUGAUGAGCCAAUUGCUCAGAUUGAAACAGAUAAGGUAACAAUUGAUGUAACCAGUCCGGAAGCCGGUGUAAUCCAAAAGUUUGUAGCCAAGGAAGGAGACACUGUGGAACCAGGCUACAAGGUUGCUAUCAUUUCAAAAUCUGGUGAGGGUGUAGAAAGUGUAGAUCAUGUUGCUCCGUCCGAGAAGCCAUCUGAAAAAGAAGCUCCGAAGCCACCUUCUCCUGUUGAAGAGAAAAAAGAAGACGUGAAACCUAAAGUUGAGACAACUCCUGUCAAAGAGAAGUCUAAGGAAACUUCACCGCCUCCUAAGCGCUCUGCUACAGAACCCCAACUUCCCCCUAAAGAGCGGGAAAGACGAGUUCCCAUGACCAGGCUCAGGAAAAGAGUUGCUACUCGCUUGAAAGAUUCUCAGAACACAUUUGCAUUGUUGACUACAUUCAAUGAAGUUGAUAUGACUAAUUUGAUGAAGCUCCGAUCUGAUUACAAAGAUGCAUUUGUUGAAAAGCACGGGGUGAAGUUAGGACUCAUGUCUGGAUUUGUGAAAGCAGCAGUUAGUGCACUCCAGAAUCAACCUAUAGUUAAUGCAGUUAUUGAUGGCGAUGACAUCAUAUAUCGGGACUAUGUAGACAUCAGUAUAGCUGUUGGUACCCCAAAGGGUCUGGUCGUCCCUGUUCUCCGCAAUGCUGAGAAGAUGAAUUUUGCUGAGAUAGAGAAGACAAUAAACGGACUCGCUAAGAAGGCAACAAACGGAACCAUCUCUAUUGAUGAAAUGGCUGGAGGGUCAUUCACAAUAUCCAAUGGUGGUGUGUAUGGAAGUCUUCUAAGUACCCCUAUCAUAAAUCCUCCUCAGUCGGCUAUUUUGGGGAUGCACUCAAUUGUGAAUCGCCCAAUGGUUGUUGGAGGCAACGUUGUCUCAAGACCAAUGAUGUACAUUGCGCUGACAUAUGACCAUAGGCUGAUUGAUGGAAGAGAGGCGGUGUACUUUCUGAGAAGGAUUAAAGAUGUGGUUGAAGAUCCACGUCGCCUGCUCCUUGAUGUUUGAAGAUAUACAACCAUCUCUGGCUUUUGAUUUGACUGUUCAUGGUAUACCUGAGUGUACACUCAAGCUUAAAACCAGAAUAAACAUGACAAUGUCACAGUUUUGGAGGCCUUGAACAUUGUUUUUCCCCCCUGAUUAUUUAAUCAGCUGCAACUAUCUAUACUUGAGAUCUGCAAAUAGAGCUCUGUUGCAAUUCAAUCUUUCCCUUCCCUGAUUCACUUUUUCCACAACUCUUUACUUUUGACAUGAUGCUGAAAAAGGAUUAUUUCUUGUUUAUAUGUCACCAGCUUGAACUGUUUUUAUACAUUUCAGUUUCAUGUUAUGCAGUUACACUUCUGUCU